UUCCCUGCAUGUUUUCCUUGCUGAUGUUGCACUAGAAAUGUGAAUUUCUCAGUGUUUAUGUUCCUUUUUCCAAAUCUUGUUUAGCUUUUAGGUCACCAUGAAAACAAGAUUUACCACUGUGGACAUCAGGGCAGUUAUUGCCGAGAUCAAUGCCAACUACAUUGGCAUGAGAGUAAACAACGUGUAUGACAUCGACAACAAGACGUAUCUCAUCCGACUGCAAAAGCCUGACAGCAAAGCUGUGCUCCUGAUUGAGUCCGGGACUCGUAUUCACUCCACAGACUUCGAAUGGCCCAAGAACAUGAUGCCUUCGGGCUUUGCAAUGAAAGUAAGAACAUCUUUGAAGUCCAGUGUGAUUAACAUCAUCACAAUCCCAAUCAGAGUGUUGGGUUUUCACUUAUAA